AUGGCUCCGAAACAACAGCAAUCCAUAAACCUGUUUUUCACGUCUUCAAGAAAUACGGCUAAGAAGGCCGUAGAGUCAGAACCUAGAAAAAGAGACCCUUCCCCAGUUAAAAAUCAAACUAAGAAACAAAAGACUGAAAACGGAAUACUGAUAUCCAGCUUGAUCGGCAAACAGAAGGAUGGAGAAACCAAAGCUAGUUCUCAGGAAGACUCCAAAGCUGAAUCACAUUCCCCCAAAGAAUCUUCCAAAGAUUCCGUGGAGCCAACUACAGAUCCAAGCGAAGCUAGUGACGAUGGAUACCAAAGUGAUGCAGAUAAGGAAAAGGAAUUGCUGGAUGCAUCGAAGUUGAUCAAGUUGACUGAAGAUCAAAAGCCAAGUACUCCUAAAAAAAUAACUGCUAAGAUCCCAUAUGCUUCCUUAGCGGAGGUUUUUGAAAAUGUCGAAAAAGAAUCGUCUAGAUUGAAAAUCACUGCCAUAGUUUCCCUGUUUUUCUUGGAUAUUCUACAAAACUCUACUGUUGAUAACUUGGUAAGGGUUGUUUAUUUAUUCAUUAAUAGACUUGGUCCUGACUAUGAACCAGAUUUGGAAUUGGGUUUGGGAGAAACAUUAUUGAUAAAAGCAAUUAGUGAAGGGUAUGGUAGACAAUCUAGUCAGAUUAAAAAGGAUUUGCAGGAGUAUGGUGAUUUGGGUUUAGUUGCUCAAAAAUCAAGAUCUGGUCAAAGAACUAUGUUUAAACCGGCACCUUUAGAGAUUGAAGGAGUUUUCGAUAAUUUAACAAAGAUUGCAAAAUCCACUGGUAAAGAUUCCCAAUCCAAGAAAAUUUCCAUCAUCAAUAAGAUGUUAACUGCUUGUGAUUCGAAAAGUAGUGAGGCAAAAUUUUUAAUUAGAUCACUCGAAGGUAAGUUAAGAAUUGGUUUAGCUGAAAAAACCGUAUUGAUUGCUUUGGCUCAAGCAUUUGUCAAAUAUGAAAAUCCAAAGAUAUCGGCCGAAAAAUUAGCUCAAGCUGAAGAUAUAAUUCGUGAAGCAUUUUGUCAAGUUCCAAAUUAUGAAAUCGUUAUUAGACAUGCCUACACUCAUGGCAUCUUUAACGUUUUAGAUCAUUGUCAAUUACAACCAGGUGUUCCUUUAAAACCCAUGUUAGCAAAACCUACCAAAUCAAUUAGUGAAGUUUUAGAUCGUUUUCAAGGAGAAGAAUUCACUUGUGAAUAUAAAUAUGAUGGAGAAAGAGCUCAAGUGCAUUUAUUAUCAACCGGUGAAGUUAAAAUAUAUUCUCGUAAUUCUGAAGAUAUGUCUCAAAGGUACCCAGAUCUCAUUUCUAUUAUCAAGGACUUUUUACGUGAAAAUGUAAAUGAUACUCAGACUGUAAAUCCUCACUCAAUGAUCUUAGAUUGUGAAGCGGUUGCUUGGGAUAGAAAUACUAAUAAGAUUUUACCUUUUCAAGUUUUAUCGACAAGAAAACGUAAAGGCGUGGAAGAAAAAGAUAUAACAGUUCAUAUUUGUUUAUUUGCAUUUGAUAUGUUAUAUUUUAAUGACCAGCCUUUAAUAACUAAAUCACUCAAAGAACGGCGUGAUCUUAUGUUUGAAAAUUUAAAACCUAUAGAAGGAAAAUUUCAAUUUGCAACUGCUAAAAAUUCAUCAAACUUGGAUGAAUUACAAACUUUCUUAGACCAGUCGGUGAAGGAUAGUUGUGAAGGUUUAAUGGUCAAAAUGUUGAAUGGUGGUGAUUCAUUUUAUGAACCUUCGAAGCGUUCAAGAAAUUGGUUAAAAUUAAAGAAAGAUUAUUUGGCAGGGGUAGGAGAUUCAUUGGAUUUGGUGGUUAUUGGAGGUUAUAUGGGUAAAGGUAAGAGAACAGGUACUUAUGGAGGGUUCUUACUAGCUUCUUAUAAUGAAGAUACAGGAGAUUAUGAAACUACUUGUAAAAUCGGAACUGGAUUCUCGGAUGAGGAUUUACUUUCCAUUUAUAAUAAAUUAAAAUCAACCGAAAUUUCAAAACCAAAGUCAUUUUACAUUCAUGAUACUAGUUCCACUAACUUACCAGAUGUUUGGUUUGAGCCUUCGAUGAUUUUCGAGGUUCUAACUGCUGAUUUAUCAUUAAGUCCCGUUUAUAAAGCUGCUCAUCAAGUUUAUGGUAAAGGUAUUUCUCUUCGAUUUCCAAGAUUUAUAAGAAUAAGGGAUGAUAAAAGCAUUGAAGAUGCCACUUCUUCAACCCAAGUUUCAGAAUUUUACGAGAGACAAGCUAAUCUCAAUUAA